CUGAUAGACGGCACUGACUGGCAUCACUGCUGGGCACUGACUGGCGGCACUGACUGGCACAACCCCUGGGCACUGACUGGUGGCACUGACUGGCAGCACUGCUGGGCUGCACUGGUGGGUGGCACUGGUGGGCAGCACUGGUGGGUGGGCACAGGUGGGUGGCACUGGUGGGCACAGGUGGGCGGAACUUGUGGGUGGCACUGCUGGGCACCGAUCAUCAGGGCACUGAUCAUCAGUGCCCUGAUGAUCGGUGCUGAUCCUCGCUCUGACAACUGCCGGUUCUCGGCAGUACUUUCCUCACGAUCUGACAGCGUGAGGAAAGUGCAGCCGAGAACCGGCACUUGC